AUGCCAGUGAACCAAAUGGACACAUUGCUUGAAAUCUGGGCUACCUUGUUGCUUGAGUUAGGCAGCAAUCCACUAUUCACCAACCACACAGACCUCUAUCAUGUGAUAGACAGCAUGUCUGUUGGUGCAGUCAAGUGGGAAAACUUCAAAAUCACUUACAAGUGCAAGCAGGAUGUACAGGAUGAACCAGAUGAACAGGAUGAAGUGAUUGAACUGGGCAGUCAGGAUGUUAUCCACAACCUCCUUGGUUGCACUGACUUUAAGGAUCAAAUGGACUUCAUGCCAUACCAGGAGUUUGAUGCCACAAGUGAUCAGAGGUGUUGGGAGGAUUUUAUGUCAGGUGACUGGGCCUGGGACAAAGCAGACAAGAUUAUCAGCAGUAACCCAUUGGCAGCCAGAGCAACAUUGGUUCCCAUCAUCCUUGGCAGUGACAAGACCACUGUUUCUGUUGCAACUAGGCAAAUGGAUUACUACCCAAUCUAUUUUUCCAUUGGAAAUGUGCACAAUGCGAUGCACCCAAUAGUGACUAGGGAGCAUGCUAAUACACAAGUGUUCUGUAAAUUCAAGAAGCAGCUCUUUCAUUCGUCACUGGCACAUGUUCUUUGGUCACUUGGUCCUGCAAUGACAGUUCCAGAAACAGUACUAUUCAGUGAUCAGUACUACCGACAUGUCAUCUAUGCACUCACAGCUUACAUAGCUGACUAUGAAGAACAGGUCCUCUUGUUGUGCAUCAUGUGUAAUUGGUGUCUGAAAUGUCUCACACACUGGGAGAACCUUGACAAAGAUGCACUCUGGCAUCACUGCAAGCACACUGAAUUGAUCAUCAGGGAGUUGGACCCUCAGACACUUUGGGAAGGGUAUGGAAUUGACAGAGAUAUAGUGCCAUUUACAAGUGGGUUUCCAUGCGCAGACAUCCAGAGAAUGCUUUCUCUGGACAUUCUUCAUCAACUCAUCAAGGGUGGAUUCAAAGAUCACCUGGUUGACUGGGUGGAAAGGUAUCUCAUCCAUAUUCAUGGAAAGGCCAUUGAAGGCUAUGUCCCAGAGGAUGUCAUCCACACAUUUCAUGCCUUUCUUGAGUUUUGCUACCUUGUCCACCAAAAUGUUAUCACCAAACCAAUGCUUACCAUGAUUGAGGAUGCACUUGCACACUUCCACUUGUAUUGUGAAGUCUUCCAGAAUGCCCAACAUUAUCCCUAUCUUAUACACCAGUUCAGCACACUGAAUGGGCUCUGUUCAUCAAUUACUGAGUCCAAGCAUAUCAAAGCAGCUCUCAGACAGAUGCUUGCAAUCAACCAGAGGCUUGACAAAUUUGCUGCAGCAUGUGCAGACUUUGAAAAAUGUGGCAUGUUGAGAGGGACUUGCCUGUCACAUGUGCUUGGAACUCUAGACAGUGCUGAUGAACCCACAGCAAGUUUUGAAGAAGAUGCAGGUGAUAUGGAUGACUCUCCUAUGUCAGUUGAGGUCCAUGUAUUGAAUAUGAGGGACCUAGCAACUGAACUCAACAUACCCCAGCUCCUCAAUAUCUUGUGCCAUUUUCUUCAAUUGCAGCUUCAGCAUGACAAUCAUGAUCCAGAAGAUGUCCCCUUGGGUGAAUAUCCCUUUUAUGAUGGAUCUGUCUGUGUUUACAACUCUGCAUCCUCAAUGUUCUAUGCACCCAGUGAUGUGAGUGGCCUCCAUGGCAUGUGUCACAAACAUAUAUGUUGUUCCUCUCUGUGGAGGAAUGAAGGCCCCUGUUGGUGGGAUGUACCAGGAUGCUUCAGGAUGGAAGCUGGUAGGAACUCCUGGUAG